AAGCGUGUGGCAGUCACUUGGUUCAGUGUGACAGUUGCAUCGUUGACAGAGCGUAUAUUUCUAACACAGCAAGGAGCAAGGCUGUUGGCAAAAAUGACGAUCAGCGUAUCGCGUACAUUCGUGAUCUUAGUAUCAACCAUGACGAUUUUCUUCAAUUUUGUACAGAUACAAGGAUCGUCAAUGAAUCCAAUCAUCGAUUUCGAUGCUAUUCGUGCCGCUUACGAAGACGUGCGAAACGACGAUUCACCAACUGUGUGGGCCGCUUUCAAAUAUGAAGGUAAGCGCAUCGUGUACGCCGGUCACGGGAAUAACUAUGACGGAUUUCUUCGAUUUUGUACAGAUGACGCUCGCAUAUACGCGUACGUUCGAGUUGAAACUGGUGACGAAAUGAGCAGGCGAGCAAAAUUCGCUUUCAUAACAUGGAUUGGACCUGGUGUAUCUCCUUUGAAAAAGGCUAAAGUCAGCACAGAUAAAGCUUUCGUUAAGGAAGCCUGUCCGAAUUAUGAUAAGGAAAUUCUUGCUGACGAAAGGCCGGAGAUCGCACAGCGGAAAGUAAAAGCGGCCUUGGAGUUAGCGGGAAAAUGAGUUCCGAAAACUGAACAAAACUACAUUUUUUUGUUUUGUAAUGUGGCAUACCACCUAGGCAUUUUUUUGAAAAAAUUCCAAAAUCAAAUAAAAGGUGAAACGAUCUUAGCAAAUAUAAUAAAAUUCAUAUGAAAGUGCAGUUUGUA